GGAGCCUCCUGGAAGUCGCGAACUGUUCUAGGAGUCUGUGGUGGCGCGUUCAUUUUGUCAUGUGCUUGGCGCGCGAAUCAGGUAGCCCUACACUGGGCUGCCGGGUCUUCGCAUCUCUUUGAGGCCGUUCUGCGCGAGCAGCCUGGGCAGUUCCACACGCUGAAGGACUUUGGGACUCUGGAGCUCAAGCAGGGCAAAGUACAGAAAGCCAAAGCCAUGCUUUCUGAAGCUCUUCAGAUCCGACCCGACCACGGAGGCCUCCUCCUGAAUCUCGCUACCCUGCUACACCAGUCCAAAGAAUCGGCUGAGGCAGAAGUGGUGUAUCGGAAGGCAUGUGCAAAGGCGCAGGCCACUUCGGAGGAUUGUGGAGGCUGCCAGCCUGCGAUGACGGAGCUGGCAAAGGCCCAGGCCAACUAUGGCGGCCUUCUGCUGCAGCUUGGUCGCCAUGCAGACGCAGCUGCGGUGCUUGAGGACAACCUUGGGCAACGGCAGUUGAUUCAGCUCGCGGGCCGGGCUUUUUCCAUCUCUGCUUAG